AUGUCCACAGACGUCCCUGAGGCAGCCUCCGUGGAGAAGCAGAAGGAAAUAAAAGAUAAAGUGACUAGUCCAGAGAAAGCCGAAGAAGCAAAAUUACAAGCAAAAUCCCCAUCUGGGCAAAAGCCUGGAGGUUCAGAUUUCUUAAGGAGACAAUUGCAGAACAGGCAAAACUAUUUUGAUUCUGGGAAUUACAACAAGGCUAAAGCAAAAAUGAACAAGCAACUUUCUACUGCAGCUCUGGAUAGGACAGAGGUCACUGGUGACCACAUUCCCGCUCCAUAG